ACGUGACUUUUCUGUUUACAGGCAUCCGGAGAAACAUGGAGGACACCGCUGGCAGUAAUCCCCAAUCUCUCGGAUUUACAGAGAAAUUAAAGUCGUGGCUCUCUUGGUCAUGGACUUACGUCUGCUUCAUUUGGUUGGGCAUGGUGCUGAUUAUGAUCUACGUCCUGUGGAGUCCGCUCAAACUGCAGGAAACUCUUACCUCAGGUGAAUUAAAGCGGCUGCUAGCUAGCUAUUGUUAGCAUUGUGGUUUAGCAGGCAGCGGAGUCGAGCUGCAGGUUUGACAGUUCGGGAUGAGACUCAUUCAGACUCACACGGAGGAAAUUUAAUGGUGAGACUGAUGUUAUACUGUCUGACUCCUCUUCUUUAUUUUGCAGCAUCAGUGUUCUUGAAUACACUGACCCCUAAGUUCUACGUGGCUCUCACAGGAACCUCGUCCCUCAUCUCUGGACUCAUCCUUGUGAGUUCAACUUCUCUCUUUUUUCUGGGAAUACAGGAUAAACAUGAACAAGCUGCAACACCUGGGUCAUCUAAUGCAACAAAAAUCCUCCUUUAAGACACUUAAACUUUCAAUUUUCUGCUCACAUGAUCAGACAGGUGAUUAUUUAACCUCAUACGAUUGAUUGAAAAAUUAGUGAUAAUAAUAUUUUGUCCACUUCAUUGAAGAAACAUGAGGAAAGCCAAAAAGAAAGGGACACCCUACCAUUUAAUUUAGCACAGACACCCACUACAACUUCCACAAUGAAUAUAAAAAUAACAUUUAUCACCUGCCUGACUAUAUCGACAACAAGCUGUUGAAUUGGGUCACAUUGUAUUGCCCAGGUGUACAUGAUGUUACUGCUGGUCAGUGUAGAUUAUAUCUGCAGGAUUACAUUAAACUGUGAGUUAUUUAUCAGACACAUCUUGCUAAAAACUCCAUAAAUUUUGACAUUAUGUAGCAGCAAAAAAAUGAAUGCAUAGGUGGAAGCCAGAUUAUAAGAGAUUUAUCAUUAAGUUAAGGGUCUUGUAGUGCGUUUAAAUAUAAAUUCCAGCUUUUUGUCUUGUUUUGUGGUUUCCAAAUUGCAAGUGUUGAAUCCUCAAAUUCAGUACAAAGCUGAACGAGUGUACCUAUAAUCUUAUUUCUGUGUUUUGGAGGGUCACAGCACAGAACCUCCCUCAGAGACUCUGACACCCUCAGUCAGGAGUCUUUACCUGGACUCUGCUCACUGUUUUACAUGCAUACGAUGUCACUAUUUGUGUUGUUUAUAGUGUAAAUACUUGUAUAUUGUCUCUAUAUUUUUACUUAUUUUAUCUAUUAUUUAUCUCCUCUUUACUGUAUUUUCACUGUAAUACUGCAACAAAAGCAAUUUCCCCCUGGGGAUUAUUAAAGUAUUUCUGAUUCUGAUUCUGUAUAGGAAAGUGAAAAUGAUAGGAACUGACAUUUAUGCUGUAUUUAGCCUUGUGUUUGAUCUCUAGAGCAAAAGAGCAGCAGCAAGGAUACCAUACCUUAGUGAUCCCGUACCAAAACUAUUCGGUCAGAUUAAAGGGUUUAAUUCAUGAAAUAUAUAGUUUUUGUGUGUGUUUUAUCUGCCACCAAACUUUUGAACAGAUGACAUUAAGAACCUCUAUGAGUAGAAAGACAAGUUUUUAGUUUGGGCUUUUUGCGCAGUAGCUACUUUAAUCACAUUAAAAGUAUGUGUAUGGCUACAGAGCGCAAGAAGUUUUACAUCAUGAAUGGCUUUGAGGAUAAAAGGACAGUUCAAUGAAAUAUCAUUCAUCAACCUUAAUUUCUUUUGGCUGUUCUUUAGAAAAUGAACCUUUUUUAGUGGCAGAUUUUUCCUGCACAGCCUGGGAGAAAAAAAAGGCAAAUUACAGUGAUUGACGCUGAGCUGUGAACUUUGUAAUGACUCUGUAGUGAGUUAUUUCAGCACUGCAGCUGUAUGUGAAUGUCACUUAAACAAAAAGCCAUGGAUGUCGGGGGCCGAAUGUGAUUAAAAAAAGCAAAACCAGUGUAAAGUAAAUUAGUGAUUUUGGUCACUCCUGUCUGCAGUGGGUCUGAGCUUAUGUGUAGUUGUUGUCUUAUCAUUUACACUUUGUGAAGCAUCCCUUUUCUGACUUUCUCUACAGAUAUUUGAGUGGUGGUAUUUCCGUAAAUAUGGGACCUCGUUCAUUGAACAAGUGUCAGUGAGCCACCUGCGGCCUCUUCUGGGUGGAGUGGAGAGCAGCUCCACGACUGGUCUGUUUACAUCAGUCAACGGAGAGGCAGAGCCCAGACCCAGUGUCUCAGGUAAGUAAAGAAACCGUAUGUGGUAUGACUCAUGAAUGCACACGCACUAAUGAUGAUAUCUCGUUUUUGGUAGAGUGUAAAGUCUGGAGGAACCCUUUGAAUCUGUUCAGAGGAGCAGAAUACAACAGGUAUGUUUGACUCUCAUAAAGAACAGCAUGUUGUCUACCUUUGAGAAGAUGAAUUCAAUUGUUUUUGAUAUGAAAAGGUAGCUUUAGGAUGAAAGUUUUUCUCUGUGCACCACAGGUACACCUGGGUAACAGGGAAGGAACCUUUAACAUACUAUGAUAUGAACCUGUCUGCUCAAGACCACCAGACCUUCUUCACAGGAGACACUCCACAGUUACGACCAGAAGAUGCAGGUGAGUUUGAAUGCUUUGCAGACUUGAUUACAGAGUCUGUGAAUGACUUUCUGUGAUGCUAUACUCAAGAUAUUUUUUGUUGUUGUUGUACCAAAGACAAAAAAACUAAGUGCACAUCUUCAGAGGAGUUUUCUUGUGGUCAUUUGUAAUAUUUUUUAAAUAACUUUUCAUCUUUUCCCAUUAGAGCGCCUGACUUGCAAUUUAAUAUGUCUGGGCUGCAAGGUGACAUCUCUAAUAAGCUUGAGUUCAUCAUCUCAUUACAGUGAUGCAGAAAGCCUGGAGAGAGAGAAAUCCUCAAGCCAGGAUCAGAGCAGCUUACCAGGCCAUAGAAAUGAACCAUGAGUGAGUCUCUUUACACUGGGACACGUUAUUACCUCAGAUUCUGUUGUCUCCAUUUUGGUCACACAGUUUAUUAAAAAAAAUACUUAAAUGAUUCUGUGAAUGGGUUUUUUUUUAAUGUGGGAGUCUCUCACUUUAAUAUCAUGCAGAAUGGCGUCUCAUUUGUAAUUUUGCAUCAAAGUAAUUACUCUGAUAUUUCUUAGUUUUCUCAUUUUUAAAGAUAACUAUCCUCUGUGAAUGAGAAAACACAACGACAAAAGGCUGUAGGAAUGAAUCCCUGCCAGUUUUACAUUUAUGGACAUACAGUAUGUUUCUUUGUACAGAUGUGCUGCAGCUUAUGUGCUGCUCGCAGAAGAAGAAGCCACGACCAUCACAGAAGCUGAACGCCUCUUCAAAAAAGCACUAGCCAUCGGUGAGAUCAUUUAAAUAUACAUGAACAACUUAUUAUCCUAUAAACACUGAGACACAGAAGCAGAAAAAUAGAAAACUAGAAAUAAAAAAAAGUGGUAAUUACAUCCUCUGUGGCAUGUUUGAUCUUAUUUAUUAUUUAUUGUUUGCUGAUAUGGGCGACUGAUACUUGUUGCUGCUGUGUACUUGUCUUGCAUGUGUGAUGUGUGUUGCCUAGUGCGAUCCCUCAAUGUUCCUGUUCUUUUAUUUGCAAACUGCAGACCAUCAGAGAGUCCACAACAAAUUUCCCUACAGGGGCAAUUAAAGUAUAUGAAAAAUAUGAAAAAAUGAAAGAAAAGAAUUUGGUAAAGUAAAUGUUUCGAAUUGAUGUUCAUGUGCUGUCUUUCACAGCUGGAAAAGAUAUCAACUUACUGGUAUACAUCAAACGCAGACUGGCGAUGUGUGCGAGGAAGCUUGGGCGAAUUAAAGAAGCCGUAAAAAUGAUGAGAGAUGUGAGUUUACAGAUAUUAAAAAUACAAGUUUAACUACCAUUGCAGGUUGAUUGAAUGUGUUUUUUUUUUCUUUUUUACAGUUAAUGAAGGAGUUUCCUUUAUUAGGAAUGUUAAAUAUACAUGAAAACCUCUUGGAGGCGCUUCUAGAGCUGCAGGCAUAUGCUGAUGUCCAAGCAGUCCUGUCUAAAUAUGACGGUAAGAUUGAUCCUAAUUAAAAAAAAAUCCAGUGCCACUGAUACAGCUGAAAAAAAAUCUACUCAUUUUCACUCUUUGCCUUUGUAGACAUCAGUUUGCCAAAAUCAGCCACGAUAUGUUACACAUCGGCGCUGCUGAAAGCGCGGGCUGUAUCAGAUAAGUAUGUGUGCUCUAACUCUACUUCACAUCAGCAUCACACCAACAUGACUGACUGAAAACUGUUGAAUCAGCUGCACCAUCAUACAAAAACACGGUUUGUGUUGUCUCAGAUUUUCUCCAGAGGCUGCGUCCAGGCGAGGGCUGAGCACAGCAGAAAUGAACGCUGUGGAGGCCAUACACAGAGCUGUCGAGUUUAAUCCACAUGUGCCAAAGGUAAGAGAGCAGACCACAAGUGUCACACCAACUCAAUGUUCAGGGGCUUAACUGUCUAAUGAAAGCACAAAACAGUAAUCCUUUUGAAAGUACUUUGAGAAAAUAAUUGCAAAAAAUUAGAGCGAAACACUUGCUCUUUAAACUGCGCCUGAUCUGUUGCAGCAAGUUGUGCAAAAUGUGAAAUAGACUAAAAAAGUUGUUUCCAAAAAGUUGUUGCUCUGAAGCCCACUCAUGGCAGUCACCAUAUUAGAAAUGCUGACUCACCCAGACUUUCAGUCAACCAAGCAGAGGGGAAGAGGUGAUACAGUCUGGCUAACAGCUACAAUGGGUGUGGAGCGUCUGUCAGCCACUCCUCUAAGUAGAGAUAUGAGGGAAUCUGACCAAAACCAUAUUUUGUACCAGGCUGUAAGCUCAUUUGUAUCUGCUGAAAAAUUCUUACAAAAGUGUUAAAAGGAGUCUCCUCGUCCAGCCUCAAGUGGACACUCCAAGAACUGCAUUUACCAGCACUUCUGUUUCAACAUUGGAGGUUGUCAUUAAUCAUAAUGCCACCAAAGACGUCGAAUUAUACACUGAAAAGUACAAUCAGAUGUAGUGAUAUCACAUUUUAAGCAUGCUGCACUUGACAGGUAUGUAUCAGAACAAAGAAACUCUCUGUCAUAUAAAUUAUUAUAGAAGUGGGUUUUGGGGUCCAGACACGAGUGUUCAUUGUAAACCAUGAAGACACACCGACUCCUCCUGAAGGACUCGAUUUUGUGCCGCAGAGCUGACUAAACGUGACUUGACUUAAACAGCUUUUAAUUUACUGAUGAGUGUCUUGGCUGCGUGCAAACUGAUCGACUUCACAGUCAAUCAACAUUAAUGCAUUAAAGUAUAAUUUGAUUCAUGCAGCAGCUUCAGUGUAGGGGGUUUGGCUAGUUUAAUUUAGCUGUUAUCACAGAAGUCUGAGAGGACUUGCCUGUGUGGAGUUCAGAUUUAUGUGAAAGUGUUGAGGCAGGUAAACAAGGCGUUAGAUCCUGUAACAUGAUCUUACUAGCAAACGGGUGCAGCUUAGGAAUUAUGGCAUAAAGACUUGAUUCUGGCUCACCAGCAGGUGUCAGUGUAGGUCUACAGUCAAUCUGUGCUGGUUUCAGAUUUACACCCCGAAUCUGGUUCUAUGUGGGAGUACUUGCAAAUUCGGUCUCUCUAUAGAUUUUGUUCUGCAAAUAUGAUGAUAUUUUUUGCAUCAUGUGGAUUUACAUGUAGUUGCAUUGUCAUGUCAUUGUCAGAACUUAAGACCACUUUAAAAGGUUAAUCAGGUAGAGCGCAGUACUCCACCUGGCUCUCUCACAUCAGUUCCCACAGGAUUCAGUGUCUCACACGCACACAGAGUCAGACACAGGCGUUUGCAGCAGAGUUUUGUCUCAGUUUAGCCUUUGUAGUGUGCGGUUGUUUCAUCUCAUGGGCUCAGAGAGAAAAGAAAUCUGUGUGUGUGGAAGGAGGAGACGUCAGCCACCACUUUGAUCCAGCCUUUGAAUUUAAAGGGAGCGCCCUCAUCGUCAGUGUCUUUCUAACCUCGCCCUCCCCACAGCGCCCAGAGGCAGCCGCUCUUUCUCCUCUCAUCACCUACCCUCAUCUUUUCUCAUGUCCUCUCAUGUUCUCUCAUCCAAACACUGAGACUGAUAUUUGUCACCACCGACAACUUUAUCCACAUGACUUAUGCAAAAGAGAGUCAAAAUGCAUUACCAAAAUCACAGCACACCUUUCUCAGAUGAUGAUUGGUCGUCUCAUCUUUCAGUAUUUGGUAUCUGAAGGGAUUAAGGGAGGAGGGGGGGCUGUUGCUUUGUGUUGUCUGGCACUUCUGAAUGAUGAGUGCACCUGUGUCUGUGGCCUUUUUAGAUCCAUGCUGGCCUGAUGCCUCUAAAGUAGGAUCUACGAAGGGCUUUUCCUCAAAGCUCCCUAGAGCCUCAUCAAGUCCUGUGAUGUGAAUUAGACCCAGUUUUUGAAGUGAUCAAGAAAUAUGUGCAUGUUUUGGCACAUUUUAUAAAUUUACGACAUCAGCUGAGAAAACAGGAGGCAUUCAUAAACCGGUAAAUAUUUUUAUUGUUAAAAAAAACAAAUAAUACAAACAGUGUCAAAAAUUGCUCAAUGGAAUAAUCACAAAUGACCAAAGUUUAUAUAAAUGUCAAAACAAAGAAAGUGAAACUGAUUUUUCAAAAGGUCAUUUAUUAACUGUCAAUAAUAUAAACACUGAUGACAGCUAAACAUAACAUAAUAAUAAGUUAGAGAAAUGGUUGAAUAUUUUGGUGAAAACACUUAUUUUUUUACCCUUUCACAAGAGUCAGGUUGCCUGUUUGCCAAAAUAACGCAGCUUAGCACACAGAGUAAAAAUCAAAGUCCAAGAACACGGUACAAAGGGUUCUUUUCUUCCCUUUAGAUUUUGGCUUCUAACUUUUAGAGCUCAUGACAUUUUGUUAAACUUAAAACAAACAGUGAAACUUUUAACUUCUGUGGACGGAUGUCUGGAUAUGAAUGUACAAUCUGUGUUUUGAGUGGCGUGACUUCUGAUCUGCCUGUGAUCAUGAUCACUAUUUAUACUCUAGAUGAAAUAAACGAUUACAUGAAGCUAUUUUAUGAUGAAAUGCAUUGACCUGAAUGCAGUUUAGUUACUGAGGGCAAAUAAUUUGAUUUGUUUGGUUAAUUUCCUUUAUCUCCGGUUGAUUGUUUCUGUAUUUCUUAGCCUUGUUGAAUGACUAGAGUGAAGGCUGCUAAUGUUGUCAUCGUGAGCACAGAAUAAAGGGUCAACCUAUCGGCCAUAAUCAUCAGCAGAAAUUCUGACAUAGUUUAUUCCGGCGUAAAUGUAAGUUAUGGUCAAACACACCGUAACACAGUAACAUGAUUGUUGCCGACCGCUUGCUUCUCUAGUCAUACCAACUUCAGCAACGACCGCACGAUAGUAAUACACAGUGGUCUAUGUCUUCACGUGCAAAUCUCAACCAAAAAGCCACUCUAUAACCAUAAAUAAUCCUCAGAACAGCACCUAACUUCGUCAACAGUACAGGGUCCCAGCCAUAGCACUAGCCACCAAACAUCUUUUUAACUUUGACUAAUUUCUUCAGCAAAGAGACCAAACACAACUCACCCACUCUCCUCCAGCAGCUGCUUGUUUGUGAGGGAAGCCCUGACGAGUCGAUCACCAAGUGCAGCGGAUCAUUUCCAUGAAGUAAUUAUCAUCAUAAUAAUCAUUUUUAUCUACAGACGCAGUAGUUUUUCUGCCUUAGCGUCUCAGUCUGAUUGCAUUUCCAUGAAGUAAUGAUCAUAAAUGUUCUUCCUUGAGCUGCGAAACUCCACUGCACUUGGUGAUCGACUCCUCAGGGCUCCCCCACAAACAAACAGCUGCUGGAGGAGGAACUUUUAUUUUCCAACAUCCAUAUUAUGCAAUCAUGCUUCCCUACCAUUAUCUGUCCAACAUUUAAAACCUUUUUAGGAAGUCUUAAUUGAUCAAAAGUUCUUUUGCUACGGUUUGGACCUGUAAUAAGCGGCUGUUCAACUCAGAAGCAACAUAAUCCAGCAAUGUAUUAGUCUCCUGAUUAAAAAGGAAAUAUUACACUUAUAAACAAGUUAAUUAGCCUACACCAAACUCAGCAUCUUUACAUGUUGUAAAAACUCCUACACGUGUAGGAAUCAAAUGUUUAUGUUAAAGCACCUGUGAGCGACUUUCAGUUUAUGUCCAUUGUAGCACCCCAGUGGAUGUGGCAGUCAUUGUUUUUUUGUAGUUUUUUUCACCAAAAAUCUAACCCUGCUGAGUUUUGAUCAUCAAACUUCACUUCAUAGGAGACUGAAUGAAGAAAAUAUUGAUGAGGGGAAAUGGAUGUUGUCAAAAAAAGCCCAAGUGUAUUUCUAUAGAGUAGCUAACCAAAUACCACUGCUGUACUAACUUCAUGGGAAAAGAGCAGAGCAGGUUUUUCAAGUCUUGAGUUUGGUCAAAACUGGUCUUGGAAAAAGUAAAAAUUGCUUCUCCAGAGCAAAAUCAGGUAAUACCAGGUGUGAAUGUGUGUUUCUGGGUGAGUGUGAACGAGGCCUCGAGUAAGACAAAAAAAAAAAAGUUACCCAAUGGACUUUUGCCAAAUUAGCCACGUGGAUUAAUUAAGGAACAUUGUGGGGUCAAGCAUUAGACGUGUGGGUGUUUUAUCAAGCCUGCCAAGGAGAUUAUAUAUGAAUGAAUUUCAUGCUAGGCUACAUCACAUGAGCUCAUUCAGACUGCCCAAAAAUCUAUACACACAAUGAACCCUCUUCCACACACACACAGAUGCUGUCCUCCUCACUAAUAAACCCUUUACCUAAACGUCUCUCCUCAUUUCGCCCCUAUUUACCUCCUCCCCCUCGCCGUUUUCUCUCCUCCUCAUCUUCUUGUCCGUCUUCAUUUACCCUCGUCCUCUUACACCCUUUUCUCCAUCUAGCUGCCUGUUCCAAUCAGCCUCUCUACCAUCCAGGCGGUUAAGGUACAUUCAGUUUGUGGGACUCUUGAGUGUUUGUUCUAUCUGAAUCUGCUGCGCGUUUACAUGCACAACCGUUUUCGUCCAUACGGGCCCAUUUUGAAGAAGCCCGGGUGACCCGAACCCAUCUACCUAGCUAGUUUACUCCACUUUAGGAGGCAGUUUCUCAUCUCACCCCAUUUAGGUUGACAUGUUUUCAUCUAGAUUGCCUGUGAAGGCCCAGAAAUGGUGACCUUUGCUUGGUUUACCUUUGAAAUUGGCUUUUUGGUUUGUAAAUUGAGACAGAGUAAUAGUCCUGGGUUUGAAUUGAAUUAAGAUGGAUGAGGUUUGAUUCAGACAGGGAGAACGAGGGAUUUGGUCGGAGUUUCUGAAUCCGUCCACUUUUUAGUCAAGGUUGGAUCACAGUGGUGUUUACCGACUGUAUGAAAUUCCUCAUCUUUUUACGUAUGUCUAACACCAAUACCUGUUAGUCUGUGCGUCGUUUACCCCCCUCUCUGUAUGCAUGUGUGUUUGUCUGACCCUUACAGAGCUACAAGGCUGAUGUCAUUGUUGCCUGUGUGUCCCAUUGUGCGAGUCAAAGAGCUGCAGAUUAGAAUCAGAAGGCAGCUUAUGAGUUAUGCUCUGGGCUUAUGACUGCCCAGGGAUAAAAGGAGAACACAUGAAACUCAAUCCCUUCAUCAAAGAGGCGACGGGGAGUGGAGAAGCAGACCGGAGGACGAGAAUGAGGGGAGGGGAGGGAGGUGGGCAGGCCAUCAGACGACUGAGGUGUCACCAGGUCUAAUGCUGUGGCAUGCCAGGAAGGACAGCUGAGCAGCUGGCCCCUCUAAAUUGUUAAUCUUAAAACAGAGGACCCAGAGCCACAUAGGUGUCAUAUACUGGUCCUUUAUGAUCAGCAACAGAGCAAUUUUGAGAUAAAACUAUGUGUAAAAUUUCAAAAAUUCUCAGGCUGCUGAGAGAGUCAGCAAAUUGGAUCAUUAUUUUGAGAGACCCAAAGCUACAGAGUGCUAAAGACGACAAAUCUCUACAUUCAGAUCUGUUUUUUUUUUCAUUGUUUACCAAGAAAGACAAAAGUAAUAUCGCUGAAACUUUUGAAAUCAUUCUUUGCUUUUUACAGUUGAUAAUGUUUGCACAAGAAGUCUCUAACUGCAGAGGUGUCUCGAACAAAAACACAGAAAUAUGAAGUUCAGUGUUAGAAACAAUCGUUUCUUUUGAGUUAAUUAGCCCACGAGACAUUAUAUGGGCUGCAAGUAAAGCUACUUUUGAACUGUAAUUUAAUUGUUCAGAUGCAUUAUCAGCCAGCACUUCAGUCUGUCAACAGUGGAUUCGUUAGCAGAUGAAAAAAGAGCGAGGUCACUUCCUUUCCAAAUCAAAAAGAGCUGAAUAAACCGGUAAUUAAACAGGAAACUAAUGAAUGUAGCUGUUUUACAUGAGGAAAAUCGAAUAUGCUAAUAUCUGUUCACAACAGGAGACAACGCAACUUAUGGUUUCUACAAAGUGAGAAUAUCCUCAUAACUGUGAUCAGCCGAUACUCACAACUACAGCACCAGGGGGGCGUAAGAUAGAGACACAGUGACACAGUAGUUCAACUUGAGGCUGAGUUAUGAUCUACUAACUUUAAUACUACAUUUAUACUGUACGUAUUAGGAAUGUAACCAGUGUACUGGUAAAUUGUGAUAAAAAUGUUGAUGACAAUUACCGUUUUCACUUCAAAAAACAGUGGUUUGUGUGUGUACUGAAUCAGCUGUGAAAUUGCAACGAUAACACCCAUAUUAUUCAGACGAGAACUCGCUAAUUAAUCAGCUGUGUGAUCGCCGGAAAGAACUCGCGAAUGCUAAUACUCAGCGCAUGCUUCACGGUGCGCUGCAUGUUUGUAUACUGAUACAGAUGAGUCCGAGGUAGAGCCACGUAAGAAAAAAAACCUAAUUUUUAAGGCGUGGCCGCUUUUAUUUAGUUGUGGUAGUCCGCCACGAUCAAUUGCAUGUAGGGGAAACCCUGUGUUGAUCAUCCGAGUCCUGUGAAGUAGCCGCGAAGGCGCACUGUGUAAUAGGGCUGUACGAUAUAUUGUUUGAGCAUCGCCAUCGCGAUGUACGUGUGUGUGAUAGUUACAUUGCAGAGCCUGCGAUGUAGGAGGCGAAUGAACUUAUCUAAUUUCAAUAGUAGCUGACUGAGAUACACUGCAUGUGCUUACUCAGAUGCCAAUCAGACUACCCUGCCAGCUGUCAAUCAAAAUAAGAGAAGAGGAAUGGAGUGAGUCGCUGGAAAUGCCGGUGUUGUGCCGAGAAACGUGUGUCCACUGAGAAUAACUUUUGAAACAUUACUCAUCACUGUUAAGCCCCAAAAAUAAGAAUUGUACGGGUUUUAAAUUGUACUUUUCCGAGGACCACUCUACUAUGAGCGGUGCGUGUUUUGCGAGGUGCAUGCAAUCCUCGGCGGACAUGCAUUUCUCGGGACAAGGCCGGUAACAACAACAAUGAUUGCAAAAUGAGCAAUGAACAAGAGAAAACCACCAAAAAUGAGGACUUUUUGCCAAAAAGAAAAGCAACAUCAGUUGUCUAGAAUUAUUACGGUUACAAGAAGGAUGAUGUCGACCAAACGUGUUCUGUGUCUGCAAUGGAGAUAACAAGGAGAGAUAACAAGUCCAAGGACAAUAAAAGUUAAAAAUAUCUCUAAGACAGACAGAAGCUAUUCUACUAACAUUCACUAAAAGAGGUAAGAUCAGUGCAGGUUAACUGUCCUCAAGAUUUCAGAUGUGCAGCAUUGCAUAAAGUGCUAUUCAGGUCAUUUGGUGAAAAUUCCUGUAUUUUUUAAUAUCGCAAUACAUAUCGCAGGGUUGAAAAAAUUUGCAAUGUUAGUUUUUAAGGCUUGAUUUAAAAAAAAAAUUGUGAUAUUACCGAAAACCAUGAUUAUUUUGGUCACAAUAACCGCGUGGUACAAUUCUCAUACUGUGGCAUCCCUUGUAUGUAUCAGUGUUAGGUUAACACUCAUAUCAUAGAGCUUUGUUUCCACACAAAAGAAAAAAAAAAUUGGCUCACUUUAAGAUCAUUAAAUUGUUUGAGUGUACGAUUCAACCCCAAACUACCCUGACCCUCCUACUCGUCAUGUGAUCCUUUGUGCCGGUCUUUAGGUGUUUCUGAAGAUAAAUGUAUGUUAUUUUAUCAGUCGUGACAGUUUAGUCGUACUCUACAGCAGAGGAGUCAGAGGUUAGCUCUCGAGCUGGCGUGCUGCCUGGAGAACGGUGGAAGUGUAGUUCUCAGAAAAGAGCAGACCAACAUGGUGAGGAGCAUGAAGGCAGACAGUCGAAUCUCUUGGCUGGAGCAGUAAGAGAAUGAUUUAAGUAAGUCAGACAGGGUAAAAACGAGAGGGGCAAACAAGCGGCUUCUGGGUGAUUCUAGCUGCAGGUCCUUGGAUGUGUAAAUGGAAAGACAAGAGGUUUGGAGACAUGACAGUCGACUAGAACGGCUGAGUGAAGAGGAGAAAGCUGGGUGAAGUGGAGUGUUUACACCUGUUGGGUGGUUUCGUGCCUGACUGAGCCUUUUCACAGAAAGGUAGCGAGUAGCUAACAGGCGGCAGAGAGGUAGGUGGUCCUGACAAACUCUCUAGUGAGUGUAGAAGUACUUUAAGGACACAGCUUUAGUGCAGGAAUGAGGCACAGAGCAGCGAUGGUUUGAGUUUUCGAUGAAGAGGGCAGUGGACGAAGAGUUUAAAGGAAAAAUGGACAUUUGCUUAAGAGUUGCUUCAGACGGGGUGUGCAAUUUUGUUGAGCAAUACUGGAGGAUAGAAGAGACGAGAGAGAAAGACGAUGCUUGCCCUCUUGCUGGCAGUUAAGUCGUGUUUUCAAGAAGAAGAGGUAGAGACAAUAAGACACAGAAAAUGGGGCUACAACUCAGCCCACUCAGGCACAAAUACAGAUGCUAGAUGGAUUUCAAGAAGUGAAUAACAGAAGUUACAGCCCCAGCAACAAAUGACAAACAUUUUGGCCCCUCAAUUAAAAGAAAAAUACAAUUAAUAAAAUAGUUUUACUGACAAUUCUGUUCAUUCAACUGUUAAGCUGACAUAGGGCUGCACCCUUUAUUGAUUUUAAAACAUAAUCGGAUUAUUUGAUUAUGACGAUACGAAACAAAAUCGAAAAAUGAGUUUUCAGAGAAAAAAAAAUCAGGAUUUUAUUUUUGGCCAAAAUCGUGCAGCCCUAAACUGACAUGCAUUUCCAAAGUGCUUACUCAUUUCAUUUUGGGUCAGCUCUGCUCAAAACUACUGUGGUUCCAUUUGUCUAAUUUGAAGGUAUCAUUUAGGUAAAUCUAGGGGUCAGUUUCUGGACUGAAACACUUCCUUGCUUACUCCACCAUCGGGUAAGGCAACAGUGGCCUGCGAGAAUAUCAAGCUCAUGUGACAUGAUAAGAACAAUCCACUUUUCAUGAAGUUUGUACCAAAAAAGCUAUAUUUUUACUUCUUUCUUCCUCUUUACUAAAAAAGAAAAUGCAUGUAAAUCUAUGAUAGAGACUAUGUUCUCCAGUGUUAUACCUUUUUGAAGCUAGUUCUGUGGAUGAAAAUACAACAGUAAUGUGAAGCAGAUGAAAUGUUGAAAUAUGUUUUAUGUCGGCAGCUGAUGUUGGAAGUCUUGCUAAAGUAGAAAAGUCAAAGGAUUAUCAGAGUAGUUCAAACUUAUCUUCUAUAACACAGAGGUGUCUGUUUUGAGCUUAAUUGCUUGAUCCAUCAGGGAGCUGUUGGGAAAUGCGAUAAAUAAGGCAGACAAGCAGUCUUGGGUCCUGUGACUCGGGAGAAGGCUCAUAUCUUGCAAGUUAAAGCAGCAUGACAGAGGGCUGACAGGCAGACAGAGAUGCGCCAGGUCAAACAGUCUUUUGGCAGGCCGUGAUCAUGAGGGCAUAAGUGGGGAAAGAGGGUACAGCAGGGGGGGAAGCGGGUGAAGCGGCACGGUCUGGCUGGUUAGAUGGAUGGAUGGCUCGCUGGCUGGCUGAGCCUGUGACCAUGGAAGGGAUUAGACGGGAUUAGCUGUGGGGUAACCUUCCCAAAGUGUCAGUCUGAGAUCCAGAGCACUGUGAAGCUGGCCGCCUGGGAAUCCAGCCCGGGGGGCCCCAACCCUACACGGGGGUUUUGUUUAACACAGACCCCUGCCACACUGGGCACCAUAGAUAUAAAGUUCAUAGAGUGGUAGGUUCAUCAAAGCUAGUAGUAACCUGUCAGAAGAGCUACGACUCUGUUAAACGCUGCUACCUGAGAAAAUCAGUGUCCAGUACGAAGUCUUAUUUUUAGACGCCUGCCCCUCUUUGUUUUAGAAGACCUUAACUGGUCUACAGGUCGUAACUCUGAGCCGGAGGCCUUGUCAGCACAGUGAACCGGCUGACUCGCUGGGACAAACUUACACAGUAGGGAAGGAGAGGAGGGGGUCUGAGCAGGGGGAUGUUACACAUUCAUGGAAUGAAUGUACUGUACUGUAACAAUAACACACACUCAGAGAGCUUUGGAAAGCCUUUCCCUCCCACCUUGAACAAUUGCAAAAUAAGGCUGUCAACAAAUCCCUCACAUGAAGAAAAUAUGUUUUCAGUCUGUUGGGAGUUAACCAGAGGGAGUUGCUCAACAGAACAGAGUAAGUGAAGUGCUGAUGGAGAAACAUGGCUGUACGAGUCAAACUAUUAAAGCUGCUUUAAUUGAUUUUUGGCCACAAGGGGCAGACUAUUAUGAAUCGAAACGACAUCAGCAGAAUUUUAGUAGUUUUUUUUUUUUUUUUUUUUUUUUUUUUAUAUAAUUCCCUUUGCCACCUGUUGAAUAUAAAACUGUAAAAUUAUUUUUUGCCUUUUCCGUCUUUUAAAAAACUAAAGGACAUUCUUCAUUCAUGCCAAAAUCUCUCCAAUUAAAAUGUUUGGAGUGGGAGUUGGAUGCCUUGCAAAAUAAGUCUCGUAAUGAGUGCAAACAAUGGAUGUCGCAACAACGCGCUAGCAGUUUGGCUAGCCGGGUUCUUGGUGCUGACCUUUGAGGAAAUUACAACACAGUUUACGAGAAUUCACCAAACAUUCUUUGGCUCGCUCUUGUUAUAAUUAAAGUAUGCUAAUUAUCAAAGUUAUUGACUGUGAUAUAAAGCACGCCUAAUGUAGACCUUCUCUGAUACAGGUUUAGGAGCUGGUGGAUGAAUAUCUGAUGUUGUUGUGGUGUAAACUUACCAAAAGUCUUUUCCUUUCUCUGUCUGCAGUACUUGUUGGAGAUGAAGAGCCUGAUCUUGCCUCCAGAGCACAUCUUAAAGAGGGGCGACAGCGAGGCAGUGGCGUACGCUUUCUUCCACCUGCAGCACUGGAAGAGAGCAGAGGGAGCCUUAAACCUUUUACACUGCACAUGGGAGGGCAGUACGUAUCAAUACCCUCAUUCAAUGCUCAUGAUGUAUUACAGUAACUCAACAUUUGUAUGUUUAAAGGUGAUUCAGUCGGUUACAGGGAAGUUUUUGUUGUUUUCUCUGCUGCGUCAUGGAUCAUCUUUGCGUCAAACAACCACAAAUACUCUUCUUGCGAUUAUACAAGGAUGAGAUCACUGUUCCAAGGAAGUGAAUGAAGUUUGUUAUUGUUCUAGUUUAUUCCAACGCUUGUAUCUCGUCACUGUGUUCAAGAUUAUCACUAUUAAUAGGAUUUACUGGAAAUUGUGUCUGCCUCUUGUCGACAUAGUUUAGAAUACCGAUCUCUGUUUCUAAAUUGUUUUUACAUGGAAUACAACGUCAUAUUUUAUUUGUUAUUUAUCAUAAUUAACUCCUUAUUUGUCUUCUUUUGCAGCCUUCAGGAUAAUCCCCUACCCACUGGAGAAGGGUCACCUGUUUUACCCAUACCCAGGAUGCACAGAAACAGCAGAUAGAGAGCUGCUGCCCUGUAAGUACAGCAGCCCAACUCAAUGAAUGCUCACCACCUCUCUACUUCUACUCUCUGUUCCUGCCGUUUAUCUUGUUUUCUGCCUUUUUUUCCCCCUCCACAGCGUUUCACGAAGUGUCUGUGUACCCAAAGAAAGAGCUUCCCUUCUUCAUCCUCUUCACAGCAGGCCUUUGCUCCUUCACUGCCAUGCUGGCCAUGCUCACACAUCAGUUCCCUGAGCUCAUGGGUGUCUUUGCCAAAGCAGUAAGUACUCGAAACUACACAUCUAAAUUAAACUUUUGCUUUGAAUUACGAUCGCAGGUUUGACGGAGAUGCGAUACGAGCGGGCUGACCUGUAGUCACAUCUUCAAUUAAUGUCUAAUAUUAUCAUGCCUGUAUUUAAAAUCCUCGCUGUUUGUAACCCGAAUCUUUUGACCCUUCCAGUAAUUGCUGGCUUCCAUCACUGUCAGUAACACUGGAGGCUCAUGGGAGUCGUAGGCCUAUAAAGUCGAUGUUUCCCGCCAAAACAAGCUGUUGUCCAAGUUAAGCUAUCAGUGACCACAGCUGAUUAAUGCAAGCUUAUCACCACAGCCAACAUGGCCUGCAGCCGAAAAGAUUUAAAGCCUGUAAAUGGAGGAACGUGAAGGUCUUUCUUUUCUCUGUUUAUGUGUCAAAGACGUGUCGCGUUGUCUGUUUUUAGCCCGUUUUGGCUCACUCCUCACUCUGGCUAAUCCUUUGUUUAUAGUCAUGUUGUUUAUUAGGGCCUGCCUCGACAUAGACUCGUAGCAAAAACAAGGCCGCACAGAACAUCUAGUGCUCUUCCUUUUGUUAUGGGAAAGAUUGAGUGCAGAUAGGAUUUUUACAGCAGCUCCAGCGAGCCUGGUUUGUGUAAUGGUCAGAUGGAGAGCAUGAAAACUAUCGAGGGAGGAACACAGAGGUCCUCUCUGCCUUCUGAGGAAAAACACAUUUUCUCUGAAUCUGAAGAUCCAAGCGGGGAAGGACAGCGGUGGCUGUGGUGGCAGUUUUCCUUCUCUCAUGUUUAUGGAUACCAGACCUGUGUAGCGUAAGAGUCGCACAUAUUUCAUAUCUGAAAUGGGAUUAGAGGAGUGUUUGAUUUGCACUCGCCUGGCCGGGCUGAUCCUCCACUUAUGUGACUAUAAAAGUGUCAAGUGUAUCAAGCACACCUACAAAAGCUUCAGAGAGAAACCAUAUUUUUAUGUUUUAGGGCACGUUUCACUGAUAAUAGCUUACUUAAAGCACUAACAUGUGCAUUUAAAUCUUUUAAUGUACAGAUGUAAUACACAUAAAGCUAGAGCUUCAUCAUUAGAUGGAGGUGGAGAAUGGGGUGCUGGUUGUCAUAAAAAGAGAAGUUGAGUUCUUCCAUCUGUGUUCUCACUAUAAAGACGAUUAAGUUUUCAUGGACAACAGAAAAUUAAAAAGAAAUGCUUCAAAAUAAUCACAAAUAUGUUCAAUGUCUUCUUUCUUGGCAUUUGAAUUAGCUGCAGAGUACACGCUCUUACUUCCAUUUGGUGCUCAGGAUAAUGCUCUGGUCAGAAUCAUGUUUAGUUGAGUCAUACCGAAGGAUAGUGGCCAAGAACUGUCAAAGAUAAUCAUUUACAGAAAAAAAUAAAUAAAGAGUCCUAAUGGUGAAAAUACGACCCUGAUGCAAAUCAUUAAAAACAAAAACUAUAUUCAGUUGAAAAUUAUGUAAAAACUAAAAAUUCUAAUGUUGAAACUAGCGAACAUUGUUUCAUGAUGAAUAUGUGCUUCAUUUUGAUUUGAUGCUCGCAGCGUGUUUCAAAACAUUUGCAUCAGUGACAACAAAACACAAAAAAGUUGAGUGAUGUAAAAAAAUAUGAAUUAAAAUUACCAGGAGGAAAAUGUCCAAAAAUUUGCAACAAGUUCGUAACAUGAAAAGGUAUAAAAAAAAAAAAACAACACACUCCAGAGAGCUCAGUCCCUCAAAAGUAAAGAUGGGAAAAGGUUCACCGAUCUGUGAGAGACAACAGUUCAAGCAAAGAUAGUGAGGAUUUCAUCAGCUAUGAUACAUAAUACUUAAAAACUCAAAAGAGUUGGAAUAAUCUACGUUUUGCGUAGUUUCACGGUACAUUUGUCUUGUUUUGUAAGUCAGUGUCAAACUGAAUGUUUUCAGCUUGCUGUAAAAUCAGUCUAUCCACAAGUACCAAAAAAGAAACCUGAACUAGAACCUGAACCUGCUCCCAGUCUUAGAAAUGGCCUAUAACCAAUAAACCACAUGAGCGUGACCUUCAAAAUCACUUUUAAAAAACAACUGUCUGUGAACAGUUUUUUAGUGCGUUCACAAAUAAAUAUCAGAACUGUACAAUGCAAAGAGGAAAACAUACACAUGAUCCUGCAACCUCCUGCAGAGUCCAUCUAGAGUGGAAAUCGUUGGCAUUUUUAGGCUUCAGAACAUCUCCUAAGACACCAAUGGGUGGUAACAAAGAAACCAUGUCAACAUUUAACACAGUUUAACUCAACUUAUGAGAUUUUUGAAUGAUUUUUUUCCCAAUAACCAAACAAAGAACUUAUUUUCCGAUUAUAUCAAUUAUAAAUCAGCUGUAAAACCAUGUUAAUUAUCUUUGUUUGGAGCAGUAAUUUAUUGUUUGCAAAAUGUUUCUUUGAAUAUUUUUUCCUCUUUUUCUUAUUUACUUGAAUUUCCUGAGAGUGAAAGGGAAAACAGAAGAAUGAAUGAUUCAAUGUUUAAAAGUGUGUGAUCAUAUAAAUCAUGGCUAACACAAAGUUUAUCCACCAGAUCACCAGAUCAGAUAAAUCUACAUCUCCUGUUCUCGAUGAAGUUUCUGGAUUACAUGUUUGUAAAAGUUCUGCUUUUAACCACCUUGCUGUAUGUAAAUGUGCGACUAGCAGUGCUUAGUAUGAGGUCAAAUUCUCUACCUACAGAAUAGGAAAGCUUUUGUACGCUUUAUUUUUUUGUUUUUCUUAAUUCUUCUUGCUAGAAACAAUAUUUUACCUUAAUAAAAGUAGUUUAAGUUAAUGAAAAAACUUCCUUAGAGGUGCGAUAAAUAAAUCCCAUAAUAACGUCUAUGUGAAAUAAUGGGUUUGGCAGCUUUAUUUGAGUGAUUUAUUCGGGGGUUAUGCAUAAACAUCAUCUGCAAAUGACUUUUACUGAACACUCACUCUGCUUUCCCUCCCUUUCAGUUCUUCAGCACACUCUUUGCACCCCUGGGUUUCUUCGCAGACAAGAUGGAAAGCUUCAUGCCGUCCAGUUUUUGGCACCAGCUGACUCGGAUCUGACCCCAUCCCACAUACACACACAUACACACACACACUCUUACACACCAAUACCACUCCAAGCCCUCAGACAAAAAGUGUUUGCUCUCCUGUCUUCAGCAUUACUGUCCACUUGCUGCAUUGUUACUGAUUAUGUUGGCUGAGGUUGUAUCAACACGCCAAUACCACUCUUAAGAUGCUCUCCCACACUGUUUGAGCAGCCAGUGUUUUUCCAAGACCACAUUUAGUGAAUAACAUUUACAGCGAUUUCACAGGGUCAUUCAUUUCUUCUUGUGUUUGAAUUGGGCAAUUUGAAGUUUGAAGGAUCCCACAAAGCUUGGCUGCAGACUCUCGCUUGUACAGAAAUCCAAAUUUGAAACGGACUAAAUCAAAGUAAAACCUAAAACUGUACCUUUAUGAUUGUCCUCAUACUACGGUCCAGUUAGCUCAAGAAAAGAAAGGCAAGAGACUCUAUACAUGUGAAGAAUCUGUAACCAUUAUCACCUCUUAUUAAUGUUAAUUUAUUUUAAAAUAUCAAAAAUAACCCAGUGAGUAUUCUGAUUGGGAAUCUAUGUGUGAACCCACCCAGACGUCCACUAAAGUAAAUUCAAAAGUCUGUAACAUCUUCUAAAAACAGAGCCGUGAUUUACAGCCUCCAAGUGCCUGCAGUGUAUACAACGCCUCCGCGACUCUACAGUUGUUGCCAUGGCGUGACACCUCAGCACUACAUCACUGGGGCAACCACCACCCACACGACAUCAGAAAUGGAAAUGAGAUCAUCUCUGGUCACAGUUGGUGUAACUCGCUUGUACUGAUUGCGCUACAGGUCGUUUAAAGUCAGUUUAUUGGUCAAGGAUGCAAAAAUUAAAAAUAACAAGCUCAGUAAUGUACAGGGUUACAAAAAGUCCCCAAGUGCACUCAGAGCCCCUUAGAGAAGCACUGGAAGGAAGUGUGCAAAUUGGCUUGCCCUGCAUUUGAUUGGAUCUGUUCAUGUGGCCAGAAAUGUGUUGAUACAACUGUAACUGGUUUAGUUCGGACAUUUUGUUUUCCUCUGCAGGAGAUUUGCUGUUAUUUUUUCUAACUAAUUUAACUUAAGCAGUACCAUCUUGCCAGAAAGUCAGAUCUAAAAAAUAUGUUAUUUUCUGUGAUAAUCAGUAGCACAACAAUGUAAGGGCCUGUGUCCACUGACGGCAGCUCAGUGUUACCAGCGCUCUGUGCCCUCAGCAUAAAAAAAGUUUGUACCCAACAAUGAUAGCCCUGCACUCCACACGUAACAAAACUGAUGACUAAAGUGCCUUUAAGUACGACAUUAAUAGUUCACCAUCUGAUAUACUACACCUGCAGUCGUGAAGUGAAGUUUAGUGCCAAUUCUUCUUUAUUCUAACCCUACAACUUCUCACAAUCUUGGUUUAAUGUUUACAAAAGUCAAGUCAGAAUGACAAAAGAUGUGUUGCUUGUAAUCAAAAAACUUGUUUUCUAGGAUAUUUUUAAAAUUUGGUUUAAAAGCCAGAUUUAACCCCAACUUCAAAAUCUAAUUCCCACUGAGGCCUGUGAUUUAUCUAUUCAAAAAAAGUGACAAUAGAAGUGUCUUAAUUUGUAGCGUGCGGCUGAAAUGUAAGAGAAUGCUGAAGACAGGAGAAUUUUUGGAUGGAUGUAACAACCCUUGGCUGAGUUUGAAAGCAAAACUCAAAAUAAAAUGCUCUAACAGUG